AUGAUGCCACUCCCGCUCUCUCUCCUUGCUGAAUGUACGGUAUUCGUCCUUGUCGGACUUUGCCUUGUCAGAAUUGUUCGCGAAUACUUCUCGCCAUUGUCGUCCCUCCCCAAUGCAGGAGUAGGUGCACCGUACUCUCGCUUGUUAUGGGCUUUUCCAACAGAAUACAAAGGAUGCAUAACCUUGGAUCUGCCUAAACUUCACGAGAAGCUCGGUCCUCUAGUUCGUAUCGGCCCAAAUGAAGUUUCAUUUUACUCCAUGGAAAUGUAUGAUGCAGUUCACAAGGUGAAUAGCAGAUUCAAGAAAGAUCCGCGGGUGUAUGGAGAAUUUGUGCAAGGUGGUAGUCCUGCUUUGUUUUCGAUAACGUAUGAUUCUUUCCAACUCAAUGACCGGAUAUCAACUGAUCUUCUCAGUGACCCUGUGGAGCAUUCGAAACGUAGAAGACUCAUGGGUCAAUUAUUCAACCGCAGCCAAAUGCAUAAAUUAGAAGGACUGAUGUUGAAUCAUAUCGAUCAUUUUGUGCAAACUGUUGCAUCAAGCAGAGAUGGGGCGAAUUUGCUGCCAGUAUGUCGCGCACUCGAAGCGGAUAUUAUGUCUGAGUUCUCAUUUGGGCAUACGAUCGGUGCUCUCGAUGCAUUCUCUCAAGGAGCUGAACUUGAGAUGAUAGCAAAAAAUGAUGAAAAGGCCACUUGGAUGCCUCUGCUGACUAGUUUUCCGGGGUUGUGCAAUAUGUGGGAAUGGACAGAGCAAAUUUUGUCUUCAAUAACAGGCUACAGGAACCCCUACAACAAAGCAAUGCUCGAUUUUCAUCAAUGGGCAGAAAAAAGUUGGCGUACAAUGCUUUCAGACAACGCAAAUCAGGAAAAAUCGACUUCUCCUUUCCCCAAUUUGAUCCAGACCAUGGUCAAUUCGAACCUGCCGUCUUCCACAGCCUUGUCAGAAGCGACAGAGAAUCUGGGCCCCGGUACGGAUACGACCUCAGCGACUUUAGCUCACAUUUUGUGGGCUUUGGGAAGUAACCCUAGCUUCCAAGAAGAUUUGUUCCAGGAUCUUGCCGCGGUGAGCUUUUCCACGGAUAUGACAACCUUAGAGGGCAUACCUAGAUUACGGGCGUGUGUAAAAGAAGGCAUUCGAUGGACCGGUGCAGCUGCUGCCAUGCUUCCUCGUCUUGUACCCGAGAGCGGAGCAGAAUUCUAUGGGCACUUUUUGCCGGAAAAUACAGUAAUCAGCUCAUCGCCAAUUUGGUAUCUUCACGACUCAGUCGCAUUUCCAAGGCCAAAAGAAUUUAAUCCAUACCGAUGGCUUACAUCUGACGGACAGAAGAUUAGAGAUGAUCCUCUACGAGAUAAGUUCUACAUACCAUUCUCCAAGGGUGCAAAUAUUUGUAUGGGCGCUCACUUUGCAUAUUUGGAACUUUUCUUGUCAAUAUCACAAGUAAUCCGCAACUUUCGCGUACGCGUGCAUCUUUUACCUCAUCACCGAUCAUAUUUAGAUGAAGAGAAAAGGUCUAGCCCUGGAGUAUUCCGGCAUGUCGAAUUACCAGAUCGAAGAGAGUGGGUUGCAGCUGUACCUACUGAACGUUUGAUGGCAGCGCUUGAACCAAGGCUAUGA